AUAGACAUACCUGGGGCUAAAAUGGCGGAGAAAAGUCCUGGAGUAAUUUUGUAAAGACGGUGAGGAUCAGAUACCACUUCAAGUUUCAGUCAAACGGGAUCAGAUCGAUAUUACGCAUUUCUGAAAAGUUAGUUAUAUGACUCACAGCUAUGUCUGACGAUCCGGAGGAAAGUGGAUACUAUUUGCGUCUCGUGUCUAUGUAUAUGGACAUAUGUACAGAGACUGUUCUAGGUGUGUUUGUACAUCAUUCACCAGGAAAAGAUGCUGAAACAUUUCUCAAGGCAAACCAACAUGCUAUUAUAAAAAUGAAGACCGAUCAUAUCCUCAAUGAACAAGAGUGUGCAUCACUUCUGCAGAAAGGUACACACGUUAUGAAGAAUCCACUUGAUCUUAAUCGUUUCGAUGUGUCCUUAUUGAUAACUCUUGCAAGAAACCUUUUCACUAGUCAACAGCUUCCACCUCCCGCGAAAGGAUGGAAGUACCCACCAAAAAAGAAAGACAAGUCUGUAGCUGCUGACCUAAUGCGUCUAAAGGCAAUCAGAAAUGUUAUUGUUGGUCAUUAUCCGAGAGCACGAUUGCCAAAGCGGCGAUUUGACGAUGAGUGGCAGAAAGUGUCAGAAAUAAUCCUUAGAUUACAACAACAAAUUGCCCCUGGAAACGAAGUACACAUUGAAAAGAGAAUUGAAGAGUACCGUGUGCAGAGACUAGACCCUAGUGUUGAGAACAAGUAUGAUGAGAAAUUAAAGGAAUGGCACGAGGAUGUGACUAAAGUGCAGGAUCAGGUUGAAGAAUUAAUAAAGAAACUUGAAGAUUUUGACGCCUAUUUCAAAAAUAAGAAUGAUCGAUUUGAAAGGUAUACAAAGCUACUGACCGAAGGAGGCCAAUUUGUAUUAUCAGCCCUUCUCGAUAAAAAAAUAGAAAAGCAAUGCAUAGAUCUAAGAAGCAUACUUGAUGACAAGGAAGACAUUCUUAAGAGGAAUAUAACUGACUCAAAACAAUUAGAUCUUCUUUACCCAUCAACUAACCAAACAAAUCCAUUGGAUACGUCUUCGUGGGAUGUUUCUCUUCUUUCGACAGUCAUCCUGCUGCUUUUUAACGGUACACAAGGAAGCGGUAUAAACCAAGACGUAAAAAAUAUAGGUGAUGCUCAAAGAAAUUAUGCAGAUGCUGCGCUGGUAGCGUUAGACAGUAAUGCGUUUGAAGAUUAUUGGACAGACCUAAAAGCAAGUAUUAAAAUUGUUUCUCGCGAACUUGAUGGAGACAAGGCCGCUCGAUGUCAUCAGAUAUUGGAAGAAUGCAAGAAGAAAAUAUCGGAGGAAGAAUUUCAGACUUACAUGGAUGAACUAAAAGCAAAAGGCUCUCAAAUGAAAUCAUUUACUGAUGUUUUUAAAGAUACACUCAAGAAAACUCAAGAGUUUCUACAGGACAUGAUAACACAUGGAAUCAAUUUCAAAAAUGGUCACGAACUGGAGCUUAAGAUGAUAACUCUCGGUAAAAAUGAAGAGAAGAAGGAACUGGCAGAGAAAAUACUGACGGAAGUUUGGCAUGAAGCGUUAGACAGAUCAAUACAAACCUCAGAUUUCCCUGAAGUGAAGAAAGAAGUAUUGAAGAUAUUGGAAGAAAUAAAGAAGUCUAAGAGUGUUAAAAAUAUCACAAUCAGUAAAAAAUGUAUAUUGCUGCAGAUUACAUGCACAUCACCAAAUGAUUUGUUAAACAUGAUUAACUACUUUGAGAGUGAAAGCUGUCACGAAUCAUUUGGAAACAUAUCAAAAGAGCUUGGAUAUUACCUUGACACAGCUUUAGCAGUGUAUUAUGUUGUACCCAUCGACUGUCUAUGGGCUAUUUCAAAUCUACUAGACGAAUCCAAACAACCAGAAGAGAGAGGCGUAAGGCUUCCGAUAACAGUGUCCUCGCCUGCUGGGAUGAAACAUCUGAUAUCAUUGUGCGGCAGCGAGGAGAUUGCAAACAGCACAAACUCUAUUGCAGACGCGUUGUCAAAACAUUUAGAUGAUACAAUAGAGCUGAAAACGUCAACAGAUAUGAAGGAACUAGGGCCCGUUUUUGAUGCAGAUAAGUCAAGUUCUGACAGUAGUAGUGAUUGUUCCGCUACGGAAAGCAGUGUUAUAAAUGGCAACAAGCUGAACCAGCCUGAUGUCUCUGAGGAAUUUCCUGAAGGACAGAGCCCUGGUAACAUGUCUGAAGAACUGACAGUACAGGAAUUAGAUAACAAGACGGAUCAUCUAAAAGAAUGCCACAAAGACAAAAGCAUCCAAAAAGAAACAGAGCCUGUAUCUAUAUUACCGGACAUUUAUGCUGCCGAAUCUAGUGAUUCAGAUGAAUCUGACUGGGCGUUUCCCCGGACAGAACGAGAAACGAAGAUAAAGAGAUACAGGAAGUGGGUAAAAGCAGGGUUAGCACUACAUAUUUUUAAGGCGGAAUUGAAUACUUUGUGCGACGAAGCCGUAGCAACACAGCAUAAAGAACUGAUUGAUAAAGUCAAAGAGAAGAAAGGUUUAUCAAUUUUGUCAUGCAACAAAUGCAACUUGAAAACCUUGCUGCCAGACCAUGUCCAAACCGAGCACAAACAGUGUCCGCUUGGCUAUUUGAACUGCAAUUGUCUAAAUCCUGUUGAAAAGUCGGCUUGUCCAAACAACGUAUGCGGUGCCCUGUAUGACGACAUCAUAGGAUUAUAUAAAGCCACUCCUCCAACACCCUUUUGGGAAAACACAAAUGUGCAGACAUGGUGCACAGAUCCAUGGUCUGUUGCUAAAUGUUUUAUUAGCAAAAGUGGAUAUGCAACGAAGACUAAAGCAUCUGAGUUUGACAUCAAAGAAUUAUUUCUGCUGUGGAAAAACAACAAGGAAUUCUUCAGAAAUUUUAAAAUAGACAUCUUUUUAUUUCCUGAAGAUGAGGGAGAGGAAAUAUCACAG